AUGGAUGCAACUACAAAGUUUGCUAGUAAUGUUACAUUGAUUAACGUUACAGAACAGGAGACGUUCAACGCAACGUCAUCAAACGUUUCCGGAUGGGAGCCUUUCUCUGUAGUCAGUUACUAUAGAGACACACGUGUGCUGCUCUGGAGGGUGAUUCCGCCGAUUCUUGUUUUCAUUGGAACGAUCGGAAACGCUCUGACUAUUAUCGUGCUGCUUCGUCAGAAGAAGAUGACGUCAACGGCGAUGUUCCUGUUAGCUCUGGCGCUUUCAGAUACGCUCAUUUUGUGCAACGCACCUCUGCGAGCCUGGUUGUAUAAUACCUGGGACAUUGAAGUCCUGUCGCUGAGUAGCCCCGGGUGCAAAGCGUUAUCCUACCUUCAUUACUGCAGCUUCCACCUCUCAUCGUUGCUGAUCGUGGUCGUCACGCUCGAGAGAACAGCUUGCGUGCUGUUCCCGCAUAAAGUGAGACUGGGCUGUUCCCCACACAACGCUGGUAUGAUCAUCAUCUCCAUUGUGCUAUCCGUGUUCGGAAUAAAUAUAAUAAUACUCGUGAUAUUUGAUGUGAAUGAAAACACGGGCUGGACGUGCCGUCCGUUCACGAAGGGAUAUCGAGACCUAUCUGAAUACGUUUACGGAUGGAUCGACUUCACGUUAAGGUUCGGCGCGCCUUUCCCGCUGCUACUCAUUGGCAACGUCAUCAUCGUAGUGCAGCUCGCGCGUUCCCGCUCAAGACGUCAGCGGAUGAAUAUUUCCGGUCAGGCACGCGACACGCGUCCAUUGUCCAUAUUGAUGAUGGCCCUGUGUGUGCUGUUCCUCCUCACGAUGACACCGUUGUUCGUCUUAAGAUUUUACUUUCUCUACCAGAGGGAGAAGCUAUCUGCGCUCGAGGCAAAUGAUUUCGUGUACAUUGCGUUCCUUUACGAUGUUGCCGUUCAGGUCCACUACUCCAACGCCACCUUCAACUUUGCCAUCUACGUGUUCAGCGGCUCGAGGUUCCGCGCAGAGCUGAGGAGCCUGCUUUGCUGUAAGGCAACACAAGGCACCAUAUUGUUUGGAAGCUAG